AUGGAUUUGAAUGUGGAACAGAGACUUAAUGGGUUGAAUGAGCUUGAUGAGUUUUGCCUAAAAGCGUAUGAAAGUUCAGCCAUCUACAAAGAGAAGAUGAAAAAGUAUCACGAUCGAAAGAUUGAAAAGCGAGAAUUUGAGGUUAAAGACUUGGUACUUCUACUCAACUCUAGUCUACGCUUGUUUUCAGGCAAACUCAGGUACAAGUGGAAGGGACUAUUCCUUAUUACUAAAGUGUUUCCACAUGGAGCGGUCGAGUUGGAGAACAAGGAGGGUGCAAAGUUCACAGUCAACGAGCAAAGAAUUAGGAUCUACCUAGGGCAUGCAGAGAGUGUCCAUGAAGUUGUUGAGGCAUAUCACCUUGAUGAAGUCUGA